AUGGACCCGAGCCUCGCGCUGCUGCUCCCCGUCGUCCUGGGGCUCCUCCAGCGAGGCCGCGGUGGGCCUCUGGAGGUGGAGCCCCCAGACCCGGUGGUGGCGGUGUCCCUGGGCGGGUCGCGGCAGCUCACCUGCCGGCUGGCCUGCGCCGGCCCCCGGGUCCCCUCGGUGCGGUGGCGGGGCCUGGACACCAGCCUGGGCGCCGUGCACUCGGCCGCGGGCAGCAGCGUCCUCUCCGUGCACAACGCGUCCCUGUCCUCGGCGGGCACCCGCGUGUGCGUGGGCUCCUGCGGGGACCUGACCUUCCAGCGGACCGUGCACGUCCUGGUGUUCGCGUUCCCAGCCCAGCUGACUGUCUCCCCCGUAGUCCUGGUGGCCAAGCAGGCCCAGGAGGUGGCCUGCACAGCCCACAAUGUCACACCCGUCGGCCCGGAGGCCCUCUCCCUGUCCCUGCUCCUGGGGGGCCGAGAACUGGAGGGGGUGCAGGCCCUGGGCCGGGACGUGGAGGAGGAGCCCCAGCAAGGUGAGGACCUGCUCUUCCGAGUGACCGAGCGCUGGCUGCUCCCCCCGCUGGGCACCCCCGCCCCAGCUGCCCUCCACUGCCGGGCGGCCAUGAAGCUGCCUGGAGUGGACCUGAGCCACCAGCACCCCAUUCCAGUCCUGCAUUGGCUGACCUCCCGGGAGCCCCCUGUAACGACCUCCCCAGAGGCCGCCCCAGAGCUGAGCUCCACCCACAGCCCCCGGAGUCCUGGGGUGAACAGCUCCAGCAGGCCCUGUCGCCCUGAGAUCCACCAGGCACCGGCACCGGGGGGUCUGGAGCUACUGUGUGAGGCAGCCUGUGGCCCUGGUCUGUCGGUGAGCUGGACCCAGGCCCCCGGGGGUCUUGAAGCCUACGAGAGGCGGGAGGCUGGGGCCCUGGCUUGGCUGAGCGUGCUGUGGGCCAGGUGCAACCCUGAAGGCUGGUUUCAGUGUCGCCUGGACCCAGGGGGACAGAUGGCCAGCCUCUACCUGGUCCCUGAAAUCUGUCCCCCGACAGCAUCCGUAGCCCUGUGGGUGGGCAGCGUGGCGCUGGGGCUGCUCUUCCUGGCGUUCCUCACCCGUCGUCUGUGGAAACGCUGCAGGCCUGCGGGCUGACCGCCAAACCCCGGCAGCCCCUCCGGGCCCCCCGCCGCGCGGGGACUGACUGAGGAGGACCGGCAGCGCCCCCCACCCGUGGCCUUCCACUCAGCUGUAGCCAGAGGACGUCUGCAGGGUUCUGGAUCCUACACGGUUGAGAGCUGACCGUGACCUGCCCACCCUGACGGUCGGCAUCUGAGCUUCCCCUCGGGGGACCCCCGGGGACCCGCCCCGCAGUGGUCCAGAGCCGGGGAAUAAAGA